UCCCGCUCUUACUCGGCUAUAUCUCUGGACAGUAUAGAUCAGAGCCAGAGCGAUACAGACUCCGAUAUAGACGCGAUCUUCACGGAUAGCGGAUCUGAAAGCGAUCCCACAAGCGACUCUAAGCUUAGUAGUGAGGGCUCAGGCGACGAUGAGAGUGACUCUAAUAACGAAUACCUUAAUAAUGAGGGUCAGCUACUACCAGAACACUACAUAGCCAAAGCUCUGAACUUGGACGUCUCUCAGCUCCGACAGAAGAGAUACAAUUCUUCGGUUAGCGUUGUGAUAUUCGUCGUAGAAAAAAUAGCCGACACUGCCCUGGCAUUAGAUACAAAAGCUCACUUAAGUCAUUCUAGAAGUAGUAGCACCUUAUUUCAGAUUAUUGCACUUGUGGCCACGCAAAAAGGCCUUAAGCUAACACGGCGACCGAAGAAAAACAUAUACAUUGAAGACGUUGCUAAGUUCGCACGCCUCGCCGCCAUCACUACAAGCCGCCCGGGUGCUCUUUUAGGGCUUCGGUACCGUGACCUUACGCUAACGUUGAUCCGAGACCUAGAAGGAGGACGCUCUAGGCUUUUCAUAUUUCUCACUCUAGAAUUCACUAAGAAGUUUCUCGGAAAGAAGGCUCUAUAG